AUAGCUAUUUCUUCUGACAUGAUCACAUGGUCACUUGAGUUAUGAGGCAAAUCGGGUGCCUGUAUAGGGCAUAGAUGGCAGAGGACGACUCAUUUUGUUGUGAAACAAGACAAUGCCAAUAUGGAGGGACUUUUAAUACAGGUGAAUACUGUGACAUCCCUAAUUAUUCGGGUUUUUUCCAUCACCAUCUUGCGGACUAGAUAUAAUUGGCAGUGGGCUAGUUUGGCCCAUGGGCCAAACGUUGCCAACCCCUGCUUUAGAGAGGAUUCUGCAUAGUUGCAGAGUGAAACAAAUGCUUUCACAUUUUGUCUCAGGACAACUAUAAUUGACACAAGAAAUGCACGUUCCAGUCGUUUAGCACUGCUUGUGCGCUUUGGUUCGGGUUCCGCCCACCUCGCCCUUCCAAUUGGUCUCCAUGACACCCACCUCCUGUCACUCAAACUUCUCCUCCCUGUUAUGCAUCAGGUUGGCGGACACACUCGUUGCCCACCUUGUUCCAACAUCGGAGACCCCCUCAUUUCGGGCUCCAUUUUAAACGAAAAACAGAGGGGGCGGGCAAAAACAACCCGCAUGCCGCAUUCUAGCGUCAAAAUGGACCGCAUUGGGGUGCUCGGCGACGCUAUCGCUACAGCAUAACGGCGAAAACCCUUCAAGCAUCGAGGUACCCAAUCACUGCAGGCAGACGCUUGUCGGUCUUUUUUCGCCGAGAAAAGGGGGGCGUCGUUGGCGAGGGGGGGUGCAACAUUCGAGUAGCGGCGGUGCCGUUCGUUCGUUCGUUCGGCGUUUUACCCAGUGGUUAGCCUGCUAGCAUCCGCUCCAGAUUUGUCGGCUGUUGGAUGAAGGCGAUACCGCCGCUUGUCUUCCCGUUCCUGGAGUUAGAGUUGACAUUAUUCACAAGGGGCGGGUUGCGCAUCUCGCCGAGGAGCCUCCAGCACUCCUGCUCGUCCUCUGCCGACUCUCUACCGGAGAAGACCGGGGACAACUUGGUAGCGAGGCCCAGAGUUGCUCUUCCCCUCCCCCCCUCCUCCUCCUUCCCUGGUCCGGUCCGGUCCCGACAAGACCACCACCAAGCGACCCUCCCCCUCGCCCUACGUCCACGCGAGGACCGCAGCUGAUUUUUUUUUUCCUCGCUGGGGGGUGGCGGUGGUGUUGGUGGUGGGAAGAAAACACCGAACGCUGAGUGUUUUUUUUUUUUCGGGUCCGAGCGGGACUGGCCAAACACAGCGGAGGGGAUGACUCUGGAGUCCAUGAUGGCUUGUUGCCUGAGCGAAGAGGCGAAGGAGUCCAAGCGAAUCAAUGCCGAAAUUGACAAGCAACUUCGCCGAGACAAGCGAGAUUCCAGGCGGGAGCUGAAAUUACUUCUUCUCGGCACAGGAGAAAGCGGCAAGAGCACUUUCAUCAAGCAAAUGAGGAUCAUCCACGGCGCCGGUUACUCCGACGAAGACAAGAGAGGCUUCAUCCGACUGGUUUACCAAAACAUCUUCACCUCCAUGCAGGCCAUGAUCCGGGCCACGGAGAACCUAAAGAUCCCUUACAAAUAUGAACAGAAUCGGUCGAACGCCAUGCUGGUGAAAGAAGUGGACAUUGAAAAGAUCAACGGCUUUGACCAGCCCUACAUCGCAGCCAUCAAAUGCUUGUGGUCCGACCCGGGUAUCCAGGAGGCCUAUGAUCGCCGCCGAGAGUACCAGCUGUCCGAUUCCACGAAAUACUAUCUUUCCGAUCUGGAUCGCAUUGCAGAUCCCAGCUAUCUUCCCACUCAGCAGGAUGUGCUCAGGGUGCGCAUUCCCACCACGGGCAUCAUAGAGUACCCCUUCGACUUGCAGAGCAUCAUUUUCAGGAUGGUGGACGUGGGUGGUCAGCGGUCAGAAAGGAGGAAGUGGAUCCACUGCUUUGAGAACGUCACUUCCAUCAUGUUCCUGGUGGCGCUGAGCGAGUACGACCAGGUCCUGGUGGAGUCCGACAACGAGAACCGUAUGGAAGAGAGUAAAGCUCUGUUCAGGACGAUCAUUACCUACCCGUGGUUCCAAAAUUCCUCCGUCAUCCUCUUCCUGAACAAGAAGGACCUGUUAGAGGAGAAGAUCUCCUACUCGCACUUGGUGGACUACUUCCCGGAGUUUGACGGCCCGCAGAGGGACGCGCAGGCGGCGCGGGAGUUCAUCCUCAAGAUGUUUGUGGACUUAAACCCCGACAGCGACAAGAUCAUCUACUCCCACUUCACGUGCGCCACGGACACUGAGAACAUCCGCUUUGUGUUUGCCGCCGUCAAGGACACCAUCCUACAGCUCAAUCUCAAAGAGUACAACCUGGUGUGAGCCCCCCUCCGCCCCCAACUCUCAAGCCCACUUCACUAUCCUUUUGCACAACCUCCUUUUUCGAGUGCGCUCGACUUUUAAUGCAACACACACACACUCCCCUUUUUUGUCUGGCACAUUCAAAGAUCCCCUGCAAAACAAAACGACAGCAAAAAGAAAACCCCUUCCCUCCCUCGCGCAUCUUCCUGCUUUUUCUGGGCAGCUUGUGUCAGAGAAACCGCUGCCUCAACGGGCCUGGCACAUCCGACUCUUGAGACAGUGACCGGAAGGGACGCCGGGGGACGAACGCUCCACAACGGGAUUUUGUCUCCACCUCCACAUCGAUGAAUGUACCCACCAGUGUGUGAGAAGUGCCAUUGUGGGGUGCAGGGGCAAAAAGCAAGAGAACCUCUUAACAGUGUAAAUAUACAGUAUAUUAUAUGUCAGGGGUGUCAAACGCAUUGUAAUUCAACGGGGCCUUACAGCCUAAUUUGAUGUCAAGGGUGACAGACCAGCAAAGUCGUAACAUAAUUAAGAGUAAGGCCAGAUUCCUUCUGAAAAAAAAAAUCUCUCUGAUCCCAAUGAUUUUUUAUAAAAGGCACAAAACUUUUAAGUCACUUUUAUUUGGAACAAAAUUGUAUUGCACUUGAAAUGAAGUUAUGAUGAUCUGGGAAUUAUUGUCAGGUCAUUUUCUACAUGAGCAUCAUCACUUUUUGUUUUUUUUUUUUUCUUUACAAUUCAUCCUGCAGGCCGUAUUGAAACGCUCUAGCGGACCGCUUGUUGGUCCCAAUGUUUGACACCCCUGGUAUAUGGACAGACAUUUAAGUCAAACCGUGUGAGAAGGACAAAAAAUGGGUCCAAAUCUGGUUGAUUGCUGCUGGCUUUUCAACCAUUUUUCACAGAAUCUGCCACUAACUACUACAAUUUAUCAAAUUUCAACUUAAAGUAAAUCCGCAUUUUUUUAAAAAUUGAGAUUUGUGGGGAGCCGGGUGGGGGGUUGAAUUAAUUUAAUUUUAGAUUGAAAUGCACAGCUUCCGUCCUCCUGGAUUCACAGGGACAAUCGUGACCUACUUUUUUAUUUUUUUGUAACCCCCCCACAGCCAUCAACCAGACGUGUCCAUCGAUUUUCCCCCCACCCGCCGUUUCGCGCCAUGCCGUCCAAUCAGACGCUGCCUAACGCUAUUGCUCACUCAUUAUUAUAUAUCAGGAUGUGCUUCUGUUUACUUUUGUUUGAUUUUUUUUUCUUCUUACUGAAUUCUCACUUUGUUUUAAAAAUGAAACAAAAAAAAAAGCGAUGGUUUGCUGUUGUUGACUGGUGUGAGGGGGGGGGGCGGAAUGACAAACCUUCCUUGACCUCUGCAAUUAAGUGUGUUGUAUGUGUAUAUUUGUUUGUAAAUACAUAUACACACCAGCCAUGUACAAAAUGCUCUGUGGUACACCAUCUUUGGCAUAAAAAUGACGACAGAAAAAAAAACACAAAAAGGUUAGCAUAAAGUUUUUUUGGGGGGGGCGUUCCUCUAUUAAUAGUAUUGAUACUGUGAUAAUGGCUUUUGUUGAUUCUAAAAGGAGACGUCACAGAGCUGAGUGGUCAAUUAGCAGUCAUAUAAAUACGUGAUGAUUUUAAGAGUAAUUUUUUUAUUUAUCUAAUUUAUGGACCAGAUUUGAAGGUGUUGAUAAUUUCGACUGCCUUUUUGUCCGUGUUAUUAGGCUUUCUCUUUGGUUUUCCUACGACGGAGCCCUACCUGUGUCUGAACUGCUGUUUAAAAAAGAAAAAAAAAGGAAUAUGUGGUAUUACAAGGACUUUUCAGCGUCUACUUUGUUUUCGGGGACGAUUUCCAUUUGUUGUCAUUUACCAUUUUCUAAGGAGCCCUCAUGUUUAAUUUAGUUGAGGGGGUGAAAAGUGUGUUUGCUUUAGGUUAUACAUUUUGAGACAGCGCUGUAAUGCUUACCUACCUAAAAAAAACGAAAUUACAUUUCAAACGGUGUUUUGGAUUGGUUAGCUCUGUGUUUUGUUUUGUUGCAUUUUUUUCAGGUUUGCUUUGCUGGUGCCAAUGAAGUACUAAUGAACUUUUUUCAGGUGAUUUAUUAAUCCCUCAUUGUCAUGAAGGGCUACCAUAGUACAUGCAGAAAUGGAGAAGUGACUUUUUUCCCCCCCUGCCCCUUUUUCUUUUCUACACAACACUGUUCUUGAGUAAGAAUCGUCUGGUCUUCUGCGGUGUUAGCCACGACUAGAACCUCAUGCGGUAGAUCUAUCUAUUACACACACAAAAACAAACAAAAAAAAAAA